AUGGCGACCGCUUCUUCUUCUUCACCUCCUCCACCUUCUUCAGAUUCUCCGAGCGAAGAAACGCAGACGAAUCAAGAAGCGAUUGUAAAGGAAACAAUUGAGGAGGUCAUGUACAAGACGAAAUCGAUUCAGUUUCUUGGACGAACAACGCCUAUCAUUCUCCAGAACGAAAAUGGACCUUGUCCUUUAUUAGCCAUCUGUAAUGUUCUUCUCCUGAGAAACAACUUGAAUCUAAAUCCAGACUGUUACGAGGUUUCUCAAGAGCGAUUGCUGUCCCUCGUAGUCGACAGGCUGAUUGAUUCCAAUAAAAUUCCUAUCGUAACCAUGAAUCUCUUACCUGGUUGCAGGAUUGAUGAUUUUGAGUUCACACCUGAGUGUGCAAUAUUUGAUUUACUUGACAUUCCCUUAUAUCAUGGAUGGAUAGUUGAUCCCCAGGAUGUUGAAGCAGCUAAUGCAAUUGGAAGCAAGUCAUAUAAUGCUCUAAUGGGUGAGCUCGUUGCACUGGAGACUCAGAAUGUAGAGACUCAAGGCGAUCAAAAUCCUGGAGAAGAUUCUGUUGAUUUUGCUGCAGCAACCACUGCAGCUUUAGGGGUUCCUUCACCAUGUCUUUCGAAAACAAGAUCUUUUGAUGAUUCUCCACCUGCGGCUGCAGAGCUUCGUAGAAUGAGAAAGGGGGACCUUGAAGAAGAAACUGAGUUGUUGCAAGCCUUGCAAUUAUCACAGGGGCAGGGGAAUGAUUCAGCACCUAACACUCACGGAGACUCAACCAAUGAAGACUCUGCAUUCACAUUUUCAGAUGCCACUCAAACUAGCCCCCGUUGUGAUAAUAUCAGUAACCUAGAACAGUUCAAAUCUGAUAAUAAAUCACCAGAAAAUGAUGGGAAUAUGAUUAAAGUUGAGGAAUUCCCAACUUCGGGUACGAUUGAAAAUGGGGAUCCGCCAUCAGUGGAGAAGACUGAUUUGGAGUCGGCCAAAGUUGAUAGCGGUUCUGAGAGUCUAGUCAAGUCUGAUACAACUUCUAAUCCAGAUUUUGGUUGCAGACCCCAGGAGGAUGAUGUAUCCAACGCUUUGACCUCGAGCGUACCUACCGAUGAACCCAUGUAUGAAGGUGAGGAAUGUGUAAACGCAGUGGCUCCAGUCUGCGCAGACAAAGAACCUGUUUAUGAAGGUGAGUCACUUCUUGGAAAAAGAGCUGAGAAGAAUGUUGGUGAUUGUUCUUCUGAAGGGAGGGCUACGGAUGGGCUCACAGCAGCAGAAGGUGAAUUAAUCAGGAACUUCAUGAAGAAUAGUGCCAGUCAAUUAACCUUUUGUGGACUCUUCCGCUUGCAAGAAGGCCUUAAGGAACGUGAACUCUGUGUUUUUUUUCGCAACAAUCAUUUCUGCACCAUGUUCAAGUAUGAAGGUGAACUUUAUCUUUUGGCUACAGAUCAAGGUUACUUGAAUCAGCCUGAUUUGGUUUGGGAAAAGCUAAACGAGGUUAAUGGCGACACUGCGUUCAUGACUAGCACCUUCAAAGAUUUCAAGAUUGACAGCAAUACAAGUAGCGUAACUGGCACAUGGGAUGAACGAAACGCAGUCACAAAUACUGCUGAUUAUCUCGCUAGCAUCAACAAUGUCCCGGACACAGGCAUGGAUGUCAACUCUGAUCUACAAUUGGCGAUAGCUUUACAACAACAAGAGUUUGAGGACCAAAGCCCACGCAGUAACUCAACUCUGCAACCAACAAGUGUUGGCGCCUCCCGACUAAUCACUGGUCCACAGGUACCAAGGAGCAGCCCCAGGGCAUCAUCAACUGCAGCAUCUGCGUCUUCAAGGCACGAUGGCAAAUCCUCCAAAGAUAGCAAAUGUAGAAUCAUGUAA